CAGUCAGCGGGACGAAACCCACACACCUCUCUCCCUGUGGUUCAAAUUUUCAUUUUCAUUUUCCUUGUGGGUGCUCUGCCCCUCCUCGCCGGCCACCGCCGCCGCCGUAUCCGCCUCCUCGCCGGGGAAGGGAAGACGAGCCGAUGAAGCUCGGGACCAACAGCGCGUGCGACCCCCGCGCCGUCUCUCUCCCCCCGCCCCGGGGUGGCGACGGGAGGGCCAGCGCGCCCGCUGCUUCCUCCGCGUCGGCGGCGGGGAAUCUGCCCCAGGCGGCGCCGUCGCAGCAGCAGGCCUUCUCGCUCCCGCGCCCGAAGCUGCCGCGGCUCCCGGAGUCGGAGGCCUUCGUCGGCCAGGCCCUCCACCGGCCCACGCCCGCGCGCCACCAGGGAUUUGGCUUGCAUGACGACUCGUCGGAGAGGAUGCCUCCAUUUCCUCCCAGUUCAGCAUCUCAUGCACAAGAAGAACCCCAGCAGCAGCAACCGGUGAUCAUACCCAGAAGCACUACCCUGCGCUGGAACCCCUCUCCUACAGACACUAGAUGUCGGGUUAAUGAGGACGCUGAGCGCAGGUUUCAGCUGCUGUCAGGUUCAGUGCACAAGGUGGGGAUGGUAUUGGACUCGGUACAAACUGAUGUUAUUCAGUUAAACCGAACCAUGAAGGAGGCGUCGCUUGAAUCUGGUGGUGUGCUGCAAAAGUUUGAUCUCCUAGAGGAUACACUUCAGAAAAUUAUUAAAGGACAAAAUGAUCUGAAAGUACUUGCUGAAAACAGCACGAAAAGCAACUCUGAUCAGCUGAAUGUAAUCAACUCUCGCACCAGCAAAUUGAAUGAGAUGUCUUUGGCCGUUUCAGUCUGCCCAAAACAAGUGCGAGCAGAUUUAAGGGAGCUGCAUGGUGACAUCUUUAGGGUUCUUACAAAGGACAUGGAGGGGGUUGUUAGAGAUAUCAGGUCUCUGAGUACUACGCCUGCUGUAAUGCCAAUGCUGCCAGACCAUGUGGUAGCAAAAGGAAGUCCCCUGAUGAAAAAGAUGUCUGUAGCAAACGAAAGGCCUACAAUGAACCAGACAACAGUAGCAAAAGGAAGUCCCCUGAUGAACAAGAUGUCUGUAGCAAACGAAAGGCCUACAAUGAACCAGACACCAGUAGCAAAUGGACGGCCCCUGAUGAACCAAACACCAGUGGCAAAUGGAAGCCCCAUGAUCAUCAACCAGGCUCGAGUAGGAAAUGGAAGGUCCCAGCUGAAACAAACACCAGUUACAGAUGCAAUGCCCCAGAGGGAUCUAACACCAGAGAUAAAUGGAAGGCCCCAGAAGGACCGAAUACCAUUAGCAGAUGGAUGUCCCCAUAUGGAACAAAUAACACCAACAAAACCCCUUCCUGCACGUUCCACUUAUACUACAAGGGCGUCAGUUCUGAAGCCGAAGGUAGAACAGGGUAAGGUAAAAGCAGCUCACAUGGUUGGUACAAGCUACAGGCUAGCACCUUCACAGAAAGAGGAGUUGAAUGAAAAGGUCAAUCCCCAAGAGCCAACUAAGAAGGAACCAGUUAAAAUAAUCAUCGAUUCAGAUAAUGGCAGUAAAGCGUGCACUUCCCGGAUGAUUCUGAACAUGGAGCCAGCAAACGGAAGACCUACAAUGAACCAGACACCAGUAGCAAAUGGACUACCCCUGAUGAACCAAACACCAGUGGAAAAUGGAAGCCCCAUGGUCGUCAACCAAGCUCCAGUAGGAAAUGGAAGGUCCCAGCUGAAACAGACACCGGCAACAGAUGGAACGACCCAGAGGGAUCUAACACCAGAGAUAAGUGGAACUCCCCAGAAGGACCAAAUACCAGUAGCAAAUGGAAGGCCCCAUAUGGAACAAAUACUGGCAAAAAAAACCCUUCCUGCAUGUUCCACUUAUGCUACAAGGCCAUCAGUUCUGAAGCCAGAUGUAGAACAGGGCAAGGUAAAAGCAAAUCAUAUGGUUGGUACAAGCUACAGGGUAGCACCUACACAGAAAGAGGUGUUGAAUCAAAAGGUCAAUUCUCAAGAGCCAACUAAGAAGGAACCAGUUAAAAUAAUCAUCGAUUCAGAUAAUGACAGUAAAGGGUGCACUUCCCGGGCGAUUCUGAAGAUGGAACCAGCUCACCUGAUGAAGGAAGUCGGCAGCGAGUCGGGACCGCAGCUUGUGUGGGGUGCGAGGAAGAGGAGGACGAGAAGCGAGACACUGCCCAUUGAUGCCGCCACCUUGCUGCCAGGAGAAGGGGAGAAGAGGAUGCGGGGACCUGGACCAGAUGCACAGGAGGACGAGGCUGUUCAAGCGGUUGAAGCCGCUCCAGCAAAGCGGGCUCACCGGUUCAACCCCAAGUACGAUGCGACCCUGUGGAUCACCUGCUGAGGUGGUCUGAGAAGCCACAUCGGCGCCGGGCACACUGACAAAACAAUGGUUGUUCGACUUUGGCAACAUCAAUGCACAUAGUAUCGUUUCACCUAUGACCCCCACAACUCAAACACAUUACACAUGUACACCAUAGAUGUCCAGGGAGGUAAAGUCCUUUUUUUUUUUCAACCAUUUCAACUGUUGUUUACGCGAGGUCCACAUGAGGAACAGACUGAAGAAUUGCAAAUGAGGUAUACAAGUAGCACCUGCAACAUGGUAGGCAGUGAGUUUAUUCUGUAUGCAAUCUAUGGUUCUAAGUUAAUCCACUGGCACUGGUUGCAUUGCCUCAGCUUCCUUCCUCAAACCCUCCAAUAGAGCCGACGAUAGGUACCGCUCUCCCGCGCUCGGAUGAACAGUCUGAAACAACAGGUGCAUUGUUCAGUUACUCUUCUGAAACUUCUUCAUGUUAACAUUUUUUUGGAUAA